AUGGAGGAAGAUAUAUGUCUCAGGAAGAACACAGGUGGUCGGGAACGGCGCUCACAGGUGUCCAGGACCCCCACAGCUGUGGUUAGUGAGGUCUUUAGGUUUCUGAGUGAGGAUCCAGCGGCUGCUGCGGAUCAUGAUGAUGAUGAUGAGUUUACCAUGAGUGAUGAAGAAGUGGAUCGACUAUUUUCCAAUCUGGAUAUAGACAUGAAAAGUUGUGCUGAUGGUGUUAGCGCUGAAGACUUUGUCAAUAGUAAUUUAUUGUACAGCAACUGUGACCGAGAGAAGUUUCUUGCAGAAUUCAAGUCAAAAGAUUCCGGAUUUGCCUCCUUAGAACGGCAGAGAUGUGAGCCGAGUUCUUUAUAUGAUAGUUUCUUAGAAAAUGAAGAUGACACUGAAGAUGCCAUAGAGUCCAUCUCUAGCAACGACAUCAAUGCCAGCAUUAGUGAAAGUUUUUACGAUGACGUGGAGCUGUCAGUUGUUCCGAGAAGCCUCAGCAUGGAGGCCAAAUCCACGUGCGUGGAUGAUGAGACUGAAAAUGCUAUAGCCUCAUCUGCUGAGCAGUUUAGUACGGGACUAGAAAACUCUUUUCCAGAGUCAGAUUCUGCCUCUCUGGUGGAUAGUGAAUCUCAAGUUGCGGAUGUGUUGGAGAAAAACCAUGUAACUUCAAAGAAAGGAGACUCAUAUAACAGUCAUUAUGGUGAAGAAGCCAUCAAUUGUUUCAAUAGCACAAAAGGUGUUACUUGUAGUGUCUCAUAUAACUUUGAUGCUACUUUUAAUUUUGAAGACACAGCUCAUACUGCAGGUAAAGAGACCACUGGGGCUGCCGUAUCCUCUGUCUCGUCAGAUGAUGGAGAUGAUGGCAAUGAAGAUGAUGGCAAUGAAGAUGAUGCUGCGACAGACUCAGAAUAUGCUGCCUGUGUGAAUUACCAGGCAUAUGAUUCAAUUGAUGCCAUAUCUCCUGAUCUGAAGCAAGAUGCAGACCCAUUACUAGGAAACAGUCUGAUUUACAGGGGGGACUUUGUACCAUCACUGUCUCCCAUGAUUGAAGAUGCAGACCCAUUACUGGGGAACAGGGGGGACUUUGUACCAUCACUAACUCCCAUGAAUGAAGAUGCAGAUGUACAGAUUGCUGAGCCAGCAAAUAAUUCCCUCAGUGAGAAGAGUCCAGUUAGCAUCACUAGGAAGCACAAGCUGGAAAAGAAUCCUUCAGCAGAGGUGGCCAGUGAUGAUUCAUCUGAUGAAGAUGUUGGUAUUUAUGCUGAGAGCUUCCGUCGCUCAAAUUGGGUGCGUGUAAGUCAGGAGGGAAGACUGGAGGUGAAGGUCCCCAACACCACUUCCUUGUCCCAAGCAGCAAGAUCAUCGACAGCUUUGCCUUUAGUGUUGACACCAGGCAGUGGGGGCUGUGCUAUGGCCGACUGUACAGAUACUGAUGCUCCAUUCAGUGCCGCAUUGGAUGAAGUGUUUGCAGACCUACAUUCCCCACCAUCCCAUGCCAAAGUGAUGCACAAAAGAUCUGACUCUGUGGCCACCACAGCUUCAGAAACAGAGUUCAAAUGCCAGUACGUGUCCAGGCGCAAAUGUUUGAUCCAGCGAGCGGACAGCCAGCAGGAGUAUCACCGACUGUCCUCCAGGGUUUAUGAUCAAGACAAACAAGUGACAGUUCACAGGACUUCAGAAUCGGAAGAUCUCGGGCUCCAUCUUCUGGAUAGCCAUCCCGCAUAUAUUACAUCUGUGGAUCCUGGUAGCCCAGCAGAGAGGGCAGGGAUCACUGAAGGGCAGAUCCUGGUGUCCGUCAAUGACCAGACUGUCCUGACCACUGACCACGCAGACAUUGUUGAACUGAUACACAGUCUGACAGGUGAUAUCAAGUUGGGCGUGGCCAACAGUGACUUCCAGCCAGUACGUGACCUGCAAGCAACAGUUAUGUCUGGCUACAUGUACAAGCUGGGAAACUCUGCCUUCAGGAUCUGGAAGAAGAGAUACUUUCUACUCCGCCAGGAUAACUGCUUGUACUACUAUAAAAAUGAACAGGAAACGGAUCCACUUGGAGCUGUCCCAUUGGGUGGAUACACAAUCUCUCGUCACACGGAGACCAGUAAGGAUUUCUGUUUCAAAGCGGAGAAAUACGGAGGACGAACAUAUUAUUUUGUUGCGGACAAUCGGGACCAAAUGACAGAAUGGGUGAGUGCUCUGACAGAGGCAGCAGCUCGAUCCAAAAGGAGGAAAGAGUCAUUCCUGAGUGUUAGCAGUCACAACGUGGGCCUGCCUGCCCUCCACAUCAUGAAGCCCGACUGUGCUGGGUUCCUGGGUAAACUGAGCCCAAGUAAAAGGACAUGGAGGCGGCGCUACUGCAUCCUGAAGGAUGCCUGUGUGUACUACUACAAGGACAAAAGUUCUGUCAGUGCUCUAGGAGUUGCUCACUUGCAUGGCUACACUGUUGACGUUGAGAAUUUCCAGCGCAGAAAAUUCAGCUUCUCCCUCCAGCCUCCGGAAAAGAAAAUGCGCGUUUUCUGUUUCAGUUCAGACAACGACACGGACAAGAAAAGAUGGGUGGAAUCGUUGAUUCAUUCUAUACAGCGCUGGGUCCGUAUUGACAAAGAAGUGGAAUGCUGA